AGAGAGAGAGAGAGAGAGAGAGAGAGAGAGAGAAGUUUGGUGUUUUUGUAGUCUUUGUUUCUAACAUUUUGCUAUUUUACAGUGAGCAAACAAAAGGAGAGGUAAAGAAGAGAAACACGCUCUCACAAAAAUCACAGACAAACAUGUUUAAUGGAGUCCCAGCUGAGCAGUUGCACCAAUUCAUAGCAUCCUCAAGAACUUCCCUCCCUCUUCCUCUCCCUCUCCCUCUCCCUCUCUCGUCAUUCCCUCCUCCACCAUCAAACAAUAAUAUUAAUACCUUCACUGUCCCUGCUGCUACUCCCUUUGACCCCUACAACAAUAACAACCCUUUUCAUCUUCAUCAUCAUCAACUCCUGCAAAUUCAACCCCAUCAGCUUCAUCAGAAUAAUCAGCUUCUGCAACUGCACUGCCAAUCCGCCGCCACCCCCAAAAAUCUCGAGGAGAAAGAGGAACUCUCUAGUACUGUUUCAAACUCCAUAAACAAUAAUUUGGAGACCGAAGGAGAGAGAUCUUCAUUGAUACCGGCAUCAUCAGAUGCAUCAAUCAUUAGUGAUUCUUGGAGUAAUGAUGAAUUGCUUGCACUUCUCAGGAUCAGAUCUACCAUGGAGAAUUGGUUCCCUGAGUUUGCUUGGGAACAUGUCUCAAGGAAUCUAGCAGAGCUUGGUUUCAAAAGGAGUGCAGAGAAAUGCAAAGAGAAGUUUGAAGAAGAAAGCAGAUACUUCAACAACAUUAACUUCACCAAAAACUACAGUUUUCUCAGUGACCUCGAACAACUCUGUCAAGGUGGUGGUGAUGCUCAUCAACAAAACGCUGAUGAUCAUCACCGAAACCCUGCUGAUCAUCAGGAAGCUCCCGAGGAUAAAAAUAAUGAGAAAGAAAAGGUUGAAAAGCCGAGUGAUGAGGGAGAUCAUCAAGACUCAACGAGAAACGAAACAAUUGUUGGGGACAGUAUCGGUGUGAUUAGCACCGAGCCGCUGAACCCUGAGGAGCACAAUGAGAAAGAGGUAGUAGUGGAAACUAGACCAAAGAACAAUACUAAGAAGAGGAAAAGGCAAAGGAAAUUUGAAAUGCUCAAGGGUUUCUGUGAGGACAUUGUGAACAGGAUGAUGGCUCGGCAGGAAGCGAUGCACAACAAGCUUCUUGAAGAAAUGGUGAAGAGAAACGAGGAGAAGCUUGCGAGGGAAGAAGCAUGGAAGAAGCAAGAGACGGAUAGGAUGAACAAGGAGCUCGAGAUUAUGGCGAAAGAACAAGCGGUUGCUGGUGAUCGACAAGCUACAGUCAUUAAGUUCUUGAAGAAGUUCACAUCGUCGUCCAGCAAUUCUAGUACUUCCACUUCGUCUUUUCCGAUUCAAGCACAAAACCCUAAUCGUCCAACGUGUCACGAUGUUAGUGGCCGAAAAGAACUUGAUCAUCAUCAAGAAAAAGAAAAUAACCCAACAACGCCUAGUUCAUUAACUGAAAGUACUCUUGCACCGCAAAGCCCUAGCUCAAGUACUCUUGCUCCGACUCCGAUUGCCGUUCCAACCAUGACCAUUUUAUCUAGAGCUACUGCUGCUGCUGCUGUUGUCGUUGCACCUCCUGAAAACCCUAGUUCUGAUGAUGUCAUCAUCAACACUCAAAACCCUAGUUCCAUUAGUCAUGACAAACAAGACCUCGGAAAGAGAUGGCCGAGAGAUGAAGUGCUGGCUCUGAUAAACUUAAGGUGCAGCCUCUUCAACAAUGGGGGCGGCGGCGAUCAGGACAAGGACGGAGGGGUCGUGAUGAAAGCUCCUCUUUGGGAGAGAAUCUCACAAGGGAUGUUGGAGAUGGGUUACACGAGGAGUGCCAAGAGGUGCAAAGAGAAAUGGGAGAACAUUAACAAGUACUUUAGAAAAACAAAAGAUGUUAACAAGAAGAGGUCACUUGACUCUAGGACUUGUCCUUAUUUUCAUCAACUAAGUUCUUUGUACAAUCAAGGGAUACUCGUACCGCCUUCUGAUCAUGCACCGGAAGACCGUCCCACUUCGCCGGAAAACCAUUCUCUAGGUGAUGAUGAUUCAACUAAGCAUGAUUAAGUGAGCACCGACAGAUAGAUUCAAAUCAGGAACCAGAUUUUAAAUGAGGUCUGCUGUCAUUUUGUAUUUGCCAUAUUUACUCUCAAUUUGCUACGCGCAGCAGCAGAAGUAUCUUUGUUGCUAGCUGUUACUUAAAUAUACUUUUCUUUUUUUUUUUUUUAAUUUUUACAAACGAUAUUAUCCACAUUAAGAGGUGAGAAAGUAAGUUAAGCCUCACAAUGGGCUAGCACUAAUGUAGUUCAGUUCGCCUUUGGUAAGAAUUAAACCUAAGACUCUCACUUACGAGUAAAAAUGAAUAUCACUAGACCGUAAUACUAUAUGACAACUUAAUUAAAGUUUAAAGAAUUAAAAAAAUUAAUUAUAAUUUCACCAAAAUGAUGAAGAGCAUGCAUGUGAGAUAAUAAGGAUAAUCAUGUGUUUAUAAUCCCUAAAAGAGCAUUCCAGUUGUUACAUCUAGCAACGGGAAAAAAACAUAAAUCAAUAUACGAUUAGUUCAUAUAAGCUAAUUAAGGUUUUGUUUUGGCCAAGGUUAACAAUACAUACAAAUGUACAAUCAUACAAUAGUUAUUUAAGUGUGCUAGGUAUGUUUUGAACUUUUGGCCAAGGGUUUACAAGGAGCUUAGCAAUGACUUAUUAUGUUCUCGAUCCUCAUAAAAUUUUCUCCCUUAUAAGCUGGCUGGGUUUUCUUAAUUAGUUUGUAACUUAUAUUUUUUUUUUUGCAAAACAAAUUAAAAUUUUCCAUUUGCAUAAAGUUUUCUUUUAAUGAGAUAUGUUUUUACUUACAACUUUAAUUUACAAUUAAUUAUGGAACACUGUUUACAAUUCACAAAAAUUUUAUAUGUUUACACGGUAGUGAUAUUCUUUGUUUCUCUCUUUAUUUUCGAAUUCAUGUAAUGAUCCAUGAUGUAAUCUAGAUCUCGUCAUUCAUUAUUAGCUUAUGUAGAGCCCUAAACAAAGAAAACUCCACUGUCUUCCUAACAGGAACUAAACGUAACGUGCGAAAUUAUAGAAGAUCCCUUUUAGAUCAAACAAUUUCCAUGAAUUCUUUAGACCAGGCCGAUAGGUGGGGCGGAUGGGGACAGAGAACAAGAAGAGAGAAGGGAAAAGAGCACACAAAGAUUUACAAGUAUAGAAGUAGGGGAGAUUAGAGCAACAAGGAAUGCUUGGCCGACGUUUUUAUUCUUGGGCUACCUCAGCUCUUUCCACGGGUCCUAAGUAAUUUAAUUAUACGAGUAAAGUCUUAAUAGACGGAAGAAUUAUAGAAUACUCCACCUACUAGUGGACUUGCAAGGGGCGUGCCCGAUUUGACCGACUUUUGGAUAACAAGAAGGCGAGCUUCCUAGUUGCUUGGCCUCUAGUAGGUAUCUAGUUCACCACUUUAGGUAUCAUCACUAUGGCUUUCAAUUUAAAUGGUCUUAAUUUUAUUCAAUCUCUUUUAUGCGCCGCUUUACGCCGAAAGGAAAAUCAGCUUUGCUUUAAGGAUAAAAAGUGAACCAACACUGGGAUCCCAUCAGAGCCACAGUGAAGUGUUGGGACUUGGGAUGCAAAGACGUUAUAUCAAUACCAACAGCAAUAGAUGUAGCAACUGAUACGGGAGGUAGUUCGCUCACACCAAAAGAAAGAAUGCUCCCAAUUAGAGACCAUUUUCUAAAGAACUGAUGCUUCCUAGGUUUCCUGCUUCUUGCUACUUGCCGCACCUGAACUCUCACAGCGGGAAAUCAUAGUUUUUCUAGUUUCCGCCAUUAGUUAUUGGUCGAGCCAUUGAAAUGGAAUGAGAUAAGAAUGUUUAGCGAUCUUUUCUCCGAUAUACAAUACACCGGAACAUACUAGAUUCAAUUACGCAAGUGCCUGCCAUAAUAUGUAAAUUAGCAAAUGACAGAUUACAUUAAUUAUCAUCUUUCAUUUGGGGUUUUGGUUUAGAACUACAAAUGUAUUCAAUUGACAGUACAACUGCAAGUCUGCAUGACAUAAUGUUUUCUGAUUGGGAAUGGGAUCUAUCGGAAUGCUCCACAGAGAUUGAGGCCAGUACUGCCAGUGGUCACCGGUCAGUAAGCAAAAGCCUUGGAGAGGGUGGAAGACGUUGUCGUUUUGUGUCAUGUUAUCGAUAACAAGUCUUUCUCAGAGUCGGAGGGGGGUUCCACCGCACCUUGGACAGCAUUGGCAGACAAAUGAUCCCUGCCACGCGUCAACAUCAACUGAUGGGUUUGUCCGCACCCUAUCCCAGCCUCACCAGUAACCUGCUGACAUGGUCAGAGCCUCAGAGGGCCACAUCAUCCAACGGCUGAGAAUCUCAGAUGCCAGUAACGCGUUCAGAAAUUUUUUUUUUUUGUCAAAAGUGAAGCCUUCAAGAUGCAGUUCUUUAAAGAAUUAAAGCCAAAAGUCAACACAAUCAACUUAGGUAUAACUUUGUCGGACUCCCACUCCUCCACCGUGUUUGACUUUUACUUUUUUACGUACGGGUAACUACAAACAUGUUGAAAGAGAUUGACCCAAACCAAAAUUGUUUGCCUUUCAUCGCAGAAGGAUUUUCAUAGCACGACAACAACGUAUGUGUUUCAUAAAAGUUUGCUUUCUUUGAACAAGCGGGUUGGGUUAUGUUAAUUCUUAUAUAAUGUUUGUCUUGGAAAAAAAACUCUUACAUUAUGUUACUACGCGUUAUGCAUGACUGGUUUUGAUUUCAUGCUAAUUGUAAAUGUGAGGAUUCAGAAAAAAAGAAAAUGAAUUCGGCACAUAUUUAUUUUUUGUACA